AACUUUGCUUCCUUCUUUCCUGCAUGUUACCACUGGCAGAGCAAAUAUGACUCAGAAACCGGCUCCUCAGGGUUGUAACAUUAGAUGAUACAGGCUUGGGUCAUUACAUAUGACACCAGUGCCUUUGUUUCACUGGGCUGGGCUCACUGGAAGGUGUGCUGCUGCCUGAGCUGCUGGAAAAGCACUCACGGGUGUUUGCUAGAAAAGCACUCCUGGAGCUUGCCACCAGCUUGCACUUCUAGGGACUUUCCUCUCAGCCAGGAAGGAUUUUGAUAUUCAUCAGAAAUACCUCCGGAAGAUUCAAGGAGCUGUAGAGGUGAAGUAAGCCUGUGAAGGAGCAGCAUGGGAAUCCUAUACUCCGAGCCCAUCUGCCAAGCAGCGUAUCAGAAUGACUUUGGACAAGUGUGGCGGUGGGUGAAAGAAGACAGCAGCUAUGCCAACGUUCAAGAUGGCUUUAAUGGAGACACGCCCCUGAUCUGUGCUUGCAGGCGAGGGCAUGUGAGAAUCGUUUCCUUCCUUUUAAGAAGAAAUGCUAAUGUCAACCUCAAAAACCAGAAAGAGAGAACCUGCUUGCAUUAUGCUGUGAAGAAAAAAUUUACCUUCAUUGAUUAUCUACUAAUUAUCCUCUUAAUGCCUGUUCUGCUUAUUGGGUAUUUCCUCAUGGUAUCAAAGACAAAGCAGAAUGAGGCUCUUGUACGAAUGCUACUUGAUGCUGGCGUCGAAGUUAAUGCUACAGAUUGUUAUGGCUGUACCGCAUUACAUUAUGCCUGUGAAAUGAAAAACCAGUCUCUUAUCCCUCUGCUCUUGGAAGCCCGUGCAGACCCCACAAUAAAGAAUAAGCAUGGUGAGAGCUCACUGGAUAUUGCACGGAGAUUAAAAUUUUCCCAGAUUGAAUUAAUGCUAAGGAAAGCAUUGUAAUCCUUGUGACCACACCGAUGGAGAUACAGAAAAAGUUAACGACUGGAUUCUAUCUUCAUUUUAGACUGUUGGUCUGUGGGCCAUUUAACCUGGAUGCCACCAUUUUAUGGGGAUAAUGAUGCUUACCAUGGUUAAUGUUUUGGAAGAGCUUUUUAUUUAUAGCAUUGUUUACUCAGUCAAGUUCACCAUGGCCGUAAUCCUUCUAAGGGAAACACUAAAGUUGUUGUAGUCUCCACUUCAGUCAGAAACUGAUGUUUCAGCUAGGCACAGUGGUACAUGCCUGUAAUCCCAGCUACUUGGGAGGCUGAGGUGGGAGGAUCACUUGAACUCAGGAGUUUGAGAGCAGCCAGGGCAACACAGCGAGACCCUGUCUCAAAAAAAAAAAAAAAAAGCCCUGGUGUUCCAAACUCAGUCUUUCCUGAAGAAGAGGAUCUGAGUUAUCUUCUGAAACAGCGUUCUCCCUUCCCAGUUGUAUCACUCUUAAAAAAGACUGUCCAGUCUAUGUCAUGCCCUAGGAGACAAACUGUUCCUCCCAGCCCCCUUUGAGUAUUGAGCAGAAGAAUCAAAUUAUUAAAUACGUAUGUUUGUACAAAAUGGUAUGGGUAUGUGUGUGGGCUUAGAGAUUCACAUGUAAAUAUUCCUUUGGUGAAGGAAUUUCAAUAAAAACAUCUAUCAAGUGUCAGCGGUGAGUGUGUUUACACCACAGAAAUUGGCAAAUUGACAAAUCAGAGUUUGUUUUUGUUUUUUUGUUUUUUACUUUCCAUAAAGUUCGUUUACCAGCAUACCACUAGAGAUUUCGGUUUACAAAUAAAAGCCAUCUUGGUUUGAGCAAGACUAUGCAACUAUGAAAAUGUUCGUUUAAAAAAAUCUUCAUGAUCCUUUUGUAAAUACAAGAUGGUUACCAAGCUUGUUAGUUUUGUUUAUUUUAUUGAUAGAUGUAAAAUAUUAUUGUAACUUAUUUGGAUAAAGUUCUUCAAAAGAAACAGAGCUAUACAAUGAGGUAGGAUCUGGAUUAUUUGUCUAAGUGAGAGAUUGUGAAUAUCAAAAUAUCUGUCUCACUUCUUCUGUGAAUGACACAGAGUAGAAAUAAAUUCACUUUAAAAAUAUGAUUGAAUUUUGAAAAUCAAGACUGAAUCUCACAUAGCUGCAGACAGGAACUAAGCCAGCCUCUCUGUAUGUGGUAACAAGUACAGUCUAAGAAUGAAAGAUUUACCAUCCUUGAAAGCUCUAAUGAAAAUCAAAUCCAGCAAUAUAUAUUCAACUGUGUACAGGAUUUAAGAAACUUAUUUUAUGAAGGAAGUAAUAGUGUGUAGAUAUAGAUUCUGAAGUCUUUAAACGUGUCUUAAUAAAUUAAGAUUCACUGGCAUUGAGCUGAGCUACCAGGUGACCCUUGGGGACAAAAAACCCACACAAGUGAAUUUCACACACCAGUGUACCUUCAACAAUAUACUUUUGACACACACAAACCUUUGAUUUGGUUUCAGAGAUUUUGCAAAAUAGUACCAAUGUGAUUUACAACUGUCAUCUUUGAAAUUGUGUAAAAGUGGAAUAAUUUUCUGAAGAAAUAAAUCAUGGUUUGUGAAUGAGUUGCA